AGACCAACCGCAGCACCUUAUCGGAGAGGGUCAACGCCUUUUAUUCUGAAAAAAGAACAACAACUUUCCCUUUAAUAAAAAGGAUUCUCUGUUCAAACCGCGGGAUAUUCAACAGUUUCCAUAUUCUGCUUUCCUCACUCGAGAGGAAGAAGAAGGAGGAGGCCUCACGUUUGAAGAUGCUCUGCGUCUCUUCCCACUGACUUUGUGGAGCGAGAGAGGGCAGUGAGUGGAGAAGGCGGUCGCGGACACCUCCACAGCACUUCUUCGGACGUUGGACAGCGACCGGCUCAGUCUCAACCAUGGCCUGGUGCUGCGUGUCGGCGGAGGACAAAGAGAACCAGAGGAUCAACGAGGAGAUCGAGAGGCAGCUGCGCAGAGACAAGAAGGACUCUCGCAGGGAGCUGAAGCUGCUGCUGUUAGGUACUGGAGAGAGUGGAAAGAGUACCUUCAUCAAACAAAUGAGGAUUAUCCAUGGAGGAGGAUACACAGAUGAGGACAAGAAGAGCUACGCCAAACUGGUGUACCAGAACAUCUUCACCUCCAUGCAGGCCAUGACCCGAGCCAUGGAGACGCUUAGUAUUUCUUUCACUGAUCCGCAGAACCAGAGCCAUGCAAACUCAGUUCUGGAGGUGGAAGUGGAUAAGGUGGAUGAGUUCGAUGAAAGCCUCGCGGUGGCCAUCAGGAGUCUGUGGGACGACGCAGGGAUACAGGAGUGCUAUGACAGACGCAGAGAAUACCAGCUGUCCGACUCCACCAAAUACUAUCUCUCCGACCUGGAUCGCAUUUCUCAACCCUCUUAUAUACCAGACCUGCAGGACAUCCUCAGAGUCCGAGUGCCGACCACGGGAAUCAUCGAAUACCCCUUUGACAUGGAGAACGUCAUCUUCAGGAUGGUGGAUGUGGGGGGCCAGAGGUCAGAAAGGAGGAAGUGGAUCCACUGCUUUGAGAACGUCACCUCCAUCAUCUUCCUGGUGGCGCUCAGCGAGUACGACCAGGUGCUUGCCGAGUGCGACAACGAGAACCGCAUGGAGGAGAGCAAGGCUCUGUUCAAAACCAUCAUAACCUAUCCCUGGUUCCAGCGCUCCUCCGUCAUACUGUUCCUCAACAAGACCGACAUCCUCAAGGAGAAGAUCAUACACUCUCAUUUAGCCAACUACUUCCCUGAAUUCACAGGACCUCAGAAGGAUACGACAUCUGCUCAAGAAUUCAUCCUGAAAAUGUACCAAGAUCAAAACCCGGACAAGGACAAGCAGCUGUACCCUCACUUCACCUGCGCCACGGACACAGAAAACAUCCGCUUCGUCUUCGUGGCCGUCAAAGACACCAUCCUCAGACACAACCUGAAGGAGUUCAAUCUGGUAUGAAAGGAGCAGGAGGACCAAGAUAGGAGAAUUACUUAAAACAAAACAUUGCAGGGCUUGUUUCUUGGCAGCCAAAGAGAAUAUGAACAUGUAACAGUUAUUGUACUUAACGUUAUUGUGGCUGAAAUGCGGAUUGUGUGUGUAUUGUAGUUCCCAUUCCAGCCUUUUAGAAAUGUGUUAUAAGAAAAUUAUAUAUUGCAGUAGAUGUAAAAAUGUGAAACUUAGUGCAAAGUAAUAUUGUUGACCUAUUGUGUGGGCUACUUAUAUUACUUUUACAAAUACAGUUAUCAGAAAUAGGAUCCAAGUAUACAAUUUCUGCUCAUGCAAUAGCUUCAAGGAUCUCAUUAGUCCCGAGUCUUGUGAUUUAAUGUCUUUUUCUAACACUGAGCCACAUGCGUUUGCGUUUGCUUUUGCGUAUAUUUGUGCCUUAUUUUUACUCAGUGCGUUGAGGUGUAAAUAAUCCAAGUUGUGCUUUGGAAAACUCUUCUCAACUGUUUAUUCUCUGGAGAAAUGAAGUUCUAUUUAUGGUUAUUUUCAAUAAAGAAUUAUAGUUACUUAA